AGCACAUGUGGAGACCAGAGGACAGCUCUUCUGGAGUUGGUUCUCUUCUUCCACCUUAUUUUGAGGCAGGGUCUCUCUGUGUCUGUUGCUAUACUGCAUACUCCAGGGCAGCUGGUCUUUAGGCUUCUGGAUAAUUCUGUCUCCACUUCCCAUCUUGUUGUAGAAGUGCUGAGAUUCCAGAUGUGUCCUACCACAGCUGGGUCUUUACACAGAUUUGAAGACUGAAGUCAGGCCAUCAGGUUUCUGGGGCCAUAUCUCUGGCCCUCCUCCUUAUUUUUAUUUUUAAUUAAUUUAUGUCUUUUUUUUUUUUUGAGACAGGGUCUCUCACUAAACCUGGAGCUUACCAAUUCAGGUUGAGUGGCUGGCCGACAAGCCCCAGGGGUCCCCUGCCUCCACCUUACCAGCACUAGGGUUACAGAUACAUGCUUAGGAAUCUGCACUCAGAUUCUCACGCUUUGCAAUAAGCACUUACCGACGGAGCUGUUUUCCAGUCCUUUCCUGUUCUCUUUCAUAGUACAGGCGAUCAGGAUGAAUUGGGAACCCAGGAUCUGUGUGCUGGGUCCCUAGAGCCAACUGAUUCGUUUACUUGAUUGACCCAAGAACAUGAGUGAAAAGAAAGAGGACUCAUUCAGGAUACUCAGGAUUUAUGAUGAAACAGAGGAGAUAAAGAAGAUGCCAGAAAGCUCUGGUAUUUUUUCUCAUCAUGGGCAACAAGAACAACGCCAAGUGAACAGAACGCAGGGAAUGCCCCCACGUCCCUCAACACAGCAUGACCCUGUUGAUCAGGAAAUGCACCGUAUAAGCCAGCAGCAGUUGCAUCCCCAAGCCCAGGACACAUCUGAGCUCCAGCACAUGUGGUUUUCAGAGGCAGAACCAGAAGGAGGAACCAGCUCAAGCUUUCAGCCAGGAGCUAUGACUGGUCAGUUCUCUUCUUCGUCCUUGCCCAACAGAGAAGUCUGGUCACUCCUCAAAGCCAUUCCUCCCAUCCCAGAUGAGGCCGUAGUCACGCGCAAGUCCCCACGCGGUUCCUGGAGGGUUGGCACUCUCCGCCACGGGAAGCGAGUGAACGCGAUUGCCAUCAGCAGUGCCCCGCGCCACGUGUACACGUGUGGCACCGGCUACAUCAGGGUGUGGGACGAGGAUGCGCUGCACGCCUCGGACCGUGCGCCUCAGGCCCAGCUGGACUUGCAGGACCCUCGGAACCGUGUGCUCACCUGCAAGCUGUUCCCCGAUGAGCAGAGUCUGAUCACAGGGGGGAUGGCCCGGGCUCUGACUCUCUGGGACCUGGCUCCAACACCCCAAAUCAGGGCCCAGAUGGCCUCCACAGGCCCCACGUGCUUUUCCUUGGCCCUCUCUUCCGACGCCCACAUCUGCUUGGCUUCUUUCAAAGGAUUUGUGGAGAUUUGGGAUGUGCAGAACCAAAUCUUGAUCAGGAAACAUGAAGUUCCUCCCUAUGGGUCCCGCUGCGUGGACGUCACAGGCUUUAAGUUCUGGACAGGUGGUGAAGACACCAUCCUGUAUUCCUGGGACAUGAGGAGCUACCGGAAGCUGCAGCAACACAACUUAUGCCACGAGAUCCUUAGCAUUACUCAUGACCCCAGUGAGGAAUGGGUACUAGCAGGCUUGAGAAUGAGUGACAUUGUCAUCCUCCAUGCUCACCGGGAGGAGAAGUACAAAGCUGUGGUCCAAAGAUACACAAAUCACCACAACCUCAAGUUUGCCUCUUGUGGGACCUGUUUUGUGUCCACGCUGGAUGAGGUGAUCCAUUGUUUAGCAGCACCUUCUCUACGAAGGUUGUUCCAGGUAAAGGAGCGUUACGACAUCCUGUGUUGUGACGUGUCCUCUGAUAGUCAGUAUCUGGUCACAGGAUCCAAGGAAAGUGCUACAGUAUACCAGCUCUUAUAUUGAAGGUUGUGGGCUAUGGUCUUGCCAGUGAAAAUCCAAAGAGAGCAGAUCAUGUGACCUCACAGUACUGGACAUCUCCAACACGUCUCCCUCUACUUCAGCCUUUAUGGUUAGCUGGCUAUAUUCCCAGGCUUUGGGUAUAUGGCUUGGGGGCUUUUCCGUUUUGUUUUGUUUUUGUGUGUGUAUAUAUUUUUUUCCA